UCGGUCGAACGGGGAAAGGCAGUCGCGGCGCGGAUAUUGCGGCGUCUGCCUGUAGCGGUGCGAAGCGGAACGUGUGGAGGACAGUGGAGAAGCCGCGUGCCAUUGACAGGUCAACGAGAAUAGCGGUAGAGGCUAUCGAACGAACGAAGAAACGUUCGAAGUAACGUUCGUAGUCAGCCCAGCGAGAUACCACGUGUUUGUUCGUAUAGAAUUUCAUUAGCGUUCUCUUCUUUUCGCUGUCCUCCUUCGUCUAUCUGUCUGUCUUUCUCUCUCUCUCUCUCUCUCUCUUUCUUUUUUGUUUCUCUCUCUCUCUCUCUCUUUCUCUUCCCCUCUCUUUCUCCGAACUGAACAGUCGUUUGUUUCUACGAAAGAAGAGAGAGAUAGACAUAGAGUUUGAAUGUGCAGUUUGUCGCAGUAAUUUAUUCGAGAGAAGCGUGUGUACCCUACGAAAAAAAUCAUUUUAAUUUUUCUCUCUCUUUCUCUCUCUCUCCCUUUCUCUCUUUCUAUCUAUCUAUCUAUCUAUCUUUCUUUCUUUCUUUUUCUCUGUCUCUCUCUUUCUCUCGGAUUUGUGAAGUAGUACGCGCGCGCGCGUAGUAACCGAUAUACGAGUGUGUAUAAUAUUGUGCCACGCGGAAAGUGUCUCUACAUACGACUUUCGCGGAAUUACGUCGAAGGAGAAACAUACAUGGAGAGACUCGGUGGCGGAGAUCGUUGAUGCUGAGUGUCGUGCUCUCGUGUCUCUCGUGCUCUCGUGCUGUCCAGGACGUUUACCCCGAUCGCCUUGACAUUGAGCUUGGUCUUGCCUGACGUUUCUCCUUUAGCUUUUUGAACCACGCAACGCCCCCUUUCAUCGCUCGGCAAUGUUCAAGAAGACUCGCACGCUACAUUAAGAAUAAUUUCCUACGACGACGAUUAUAUACAUCGUCGAUUUAUUUCCGUCAUUCAGCAGUUUUGGAAAAACGGAUUUGGCUUUGCGACGAUAGUAUCCAUUUUAUUAAACAAAGAUGACACGAGGUACAUAAGUGCACUGGAUAAAAUGAACAAACGAUAAUACAGGACCAUCCGGAGAGAAGCGAUCCGUACUCUUCUCCGAUAAUUUGCUGUUCGCAUUGCCAAUAUCAUUGAGCCGGAGUGCUCUGGAAUGUUAACGAGAGAGACCUUCCUUCCAUUCGAAGAGUGGGAGAGAAACGGACGACGUUGGAGAACAAAUCACAAAGUGGAACAUCCGGGUGAGCAUUCAGUCCCGAGUGUAGUUGGCGAAACUACAAUGGCCGAGUUUCGUAGAAGCGACUUUGUUAACGGACGGCCAUCUCUCGCUCCAACGCCGCUCUAUCUCGCGUCGUUUUAACACGAUAAAAAUGCGGUGACGUUGAAGGGAUUAUUGAAGAAACUAUUUACAAGUACAUAUCAUCGACGCAUAUACAUUGAUCGAAACAGUAUUAAGGUACAACAAAGAAACUAUAUAAUUCAAAUUGAUUCGUUCAACGAUUGAUGCAUAUCACUCUUCGAGAAUACGUGAAAGUAUUAGGGGGCAAUAAGGAAAAGAAAAAAAGGAGAAGGAGAAAGAUCAUUCAUUCGCACGUUGUUUCUUUAUUUUUUUUUUUCAUCGACUAAAAAUCGACGAUGUAAAGUGAGAAUCGAUUUAUUGUUUUUUUUUGCGUUGUGUUUUUAUCGCGUUUAUAUCGGCGAGAGUAAAGUGGCAACGAGUGCUGGAAGGAAGAAUGUUGUUGAGGUAACACGCAUAGAAACCUUUUGAGAAUAGCAGAGGAAGUAGGAACGAAAAGAAGAGGUUAUUGAGGAAUAGUGGAAAAGGAUCAGGGGAAGAGAAAAGGAGGGAGAAGAGAAAGAGGAAGAUCAAGAGGAGCAAAAAUAAGAGGAUGGGCUUUCCAAGAAGAAGAUCAUUAUGGUUGAAGGUCGCCGUACUGGCGACCGCUGUUUGGAUCACUGUGUGUUUCCUUCUGUAUACGGAGGAUCGAGCGGCUGCCGCAGUGGCACAAGGUUUGGCACCCUCGGGUGUUGCGGCACCUCCUCAGAUGGCUAACGGGUUCGUCCCACCGGCGCUACCUCUUAGAAAGGAGACACCUGGAAACGUGCUGAACAAGGCCAAACUCAAUCAGGCUGGCCUCGAACAAGGAGGAGGCGUCUUGGUUGCUCCCCGUGACCCAGACAUCGCGGCACUUGGUGAGAUGGGAAGACCCGUUAUCUUACCGACAAACCUAACCGCGGAGAUCAAAAAGCUGGUUGACGAUGGCUGGGUUAACAACGCCUUUAAUCAGUACGCGAGCGACCUUAUUUCCGUGCACAGAACUUUACCCGAUCCACGUGACCAAUGGUGUAAAGAACCUGGAAGAUAUUUGAAGGAUCUACCGCCUACUGCAGUAAUUAUUUGCUUUCACAACGAAGCCUGGUCGGUUUUGUUAAGGACAGUCCACUCGGUAUUGGACAGAUCACCGGAUCAGCUGAUACAAGAGAUUAUUCUCGUUGAUGAUUUCUCGGAUAUGCCUCAUCUGAAACGGCAGUUGGAAGAUUACAUGAUGAACUAUCCAAAGGUGAAGAUCAUUCGUGCUCAAAAACGAGAAGGUUUGAUCAGAGCUCGUCUACUUGGUGCAUCCGCUGCCAAGGCACCGGUCCUCACUUAUUUGGACAGUCACUGUGAGUGUACCGAAGGAUGGCUCGAACCUCUUUUGGAUCGAAUCGCACGGGAUCCAACGACGGUAGUUUGUCCUGUGAUCGAUGUUAUCGAUGACACUACACUCGAGUACCAUUGGAGGGACUCAGGUGGUGUGAACGUCGGUGGGUUCGAUUGGAAUCUUCAGUUCAACUGGCACGCGGUACCGGAAAGAGAGAAGAAAAAGCAUAAGAAUCCAGCGGAGCCUGUUUGGUCGCCAACGAUGGCGGGUGGUUUGUUCUCGAUAGAUCGUGCUUUCUUUGAGAAACUCGGUACAUAUGACAGCGGAUUCGAUAUCUGGGGCGGUGAGAAUCUCGAGCUGUCCUUCAAGACUUGGAUGUGCGGAGGCACAUUGGAAAUCGUGCCGUGUUCGCACGUGGGUCAUAUCUUCAGGAAGCGUUCCCCUUACAAGUGGCGUAGCGGCGUGAACGUGCUUAAGAGGAAUAGCAUAAGGUUGAGUGAAGUGUGGUUGGACGAGUACGCUAAGUACUACUACCAAAGGAUAGGUCACGACAAGGGUAACUAUGGGGACGUAUCGGAACGAAAAGCCCUGAGGAAAAAACUCGGAUGCAAGUCGUUUAAGUGGUACCUAGACAACAUUUACCCGGAACUCUUUAUUCCAGGCGAAGCCGUAGCUUCUGGAGAGGUACGUAAUCUUGGAGAAGGAGGCAACACCUGCUUGGAUUCCCCGGCACGAAAGGCUGAUUUGCAUAAGGCAGCCGGACUCUACCCGUGCCAUCGACAAGGAGGAAAUCAGUACUGGAUGUUGAGCAAGAUCGGUGAAAUCCGUAGAGACGAAUCCUGUCUGGAUUACAGCGGCCAGGAUGUCAUUCUUUAUCCUUGUCACGGGAGUAAAGGAAAUCAACAAUGGAUUUAUAAUUCUCAGACGAAGCAGAUCAGGCACGGUAGUAGCGACAAAUGUUUGGCAAUCACCGAAAGCAAGCAACGAUUGCUGAUGGAGGAAUGUUCGCCGUCUGAACCCCGACAGAGGUGGUCCUUCGAGAACUACGAUCCCUCGAAGCUGUGAUAUCGCGCGUACUCCCGUCGUCGAUCCAACGUUCCACUUCAAUUUCCCAAACAAGUCGUCCCAUUUCUCUACGGGCAAAAAUUUUCCGUUGGCAAGACUCGCUUCGGAAGAUAGGCACAUAUUUUAUGCUGCGACGUACAAUACAAGAAUUUAUAAAUUGAAAUUAACGAUCGACGUUCAAACAAAAAUCGUUGAAAUAGUUUUUUAGAAAUUAGAAAUUUGUCUUCGACUUUUCUCUCUCUCUCUCUCUCUCUCUCUCUCUCUCUCUAU